CUUUAUAACAGCUCGGCGCCGCGAGGGCGCGAUCGCCACCCGUGGGCUCCCCCAGCGCCGAGGGGCUCCAGGGCUGCCUCUUAGCGCGGGAAGCAGCCCAAGUUCACCCGCCAAGGCCGAGGCGCAAGGGACCACAAUGACCUCAGCAGCCCCUACAACCACUACAUUCCGGGGAUGCCGUGAGCAUCUGGCUCCCAAGUACCACAGACUCUGUGAUAUGUCCGAAAUUUGGGGCAUCGUCCUAGAGGCGGUGGCUGCACUGGGAGCUGUGACCUCGGUGGCCUUCCUGCUGGCUCUGCUCAUCCUGAUUUGCAAGGUGCAAGACUCCAACAAAAGGAAGUUGCUCCCCACCCAGUUUCUCUUCCUCCUGGGAGUGCUGGGGGUCUUCGGCCUCACCUUCGCCUUCAUCAUCCAGCUGGACAAGAGCACAGGGCCCACACGCUUCUUCCUCUUCGGCGUCCUGUUUGCCCUCUGCUUCUCCUGCCUGCUGGCUCACGCUUUCAACUUGACCAAGCUGGUGCGUGGGAGGAGGCCCCUGUCCUUGCUGGUGAUACUGGCUCUGGCCGUGGGCUUCAGCCUGGUCCAGGACAUCAUUGCUGUUGAGUACAUGGUCCUUACCAUGAACAGGACCCACACUGAAAUCUUCCAGGAACUUCCCAGUCCCCGGCGCAAUGAAGACUUUGUCCUGCUGCUCACCUAUGUCAUCUUCUUGAUGGCCCUGACCUUCCUCACCUCCUCUUUUGCCUUCUGUGGGUCCUUCACUGGCUGGAAGAAACACGCGGCCCACAUCUACCUCACCACGCUCCUGUCCAUCAUCAUCUGGGCGGCAUGGAUCACGCUGCUGUUGAUCCCUGCCAUCGAGGACAGGUGGGAUGAUACCAUCCUCGCCUCUGCCUUGGUGGCCAACGGCUGGGUCUUCCUGUUGACUUACGUGAUACCCGAGUUCCAACUGCUCACGAAACAGCGGAAUCCCACAGAUUACCCUGUCGAUGACUCAUUCUGCAAACCUCAACUCAUGAAGCAGAGCUAUGGAGUGGAGAACAGAGCCUACUCACAGGAGGAAGUCAUGCAUGGACUUGAGGAUCUGGGUGACACCCUGUAUGCCCCGUACUCCACCCAUUUUCAGCUGCAGAAUCGGGCCUCCCAGAAGAAUUUCUCCAUUCCACGGGCCCAGGCCAGCCCUUACAAUAACUAUGAGGGAAGAAAAGAGGGCAGUUAACUCUGUUCUGAAGCAUGGGGCGAACACAAGAAGUCAGCAGAACCAGCGGGGAGCUCCAGGGAUGUGGGUGAAGUCCAGAGUCUUCUCAGGAAAUCCCAUCUCCUGGGCGGCGGGGCCUCCAUCCUGCUCUGGACUUGAUGCUGGCUCAUCGGGCGCCGCUUCUUAGCAGGGUAGUCUCUUCCUUUAUCCCAAUCUAAGGAUCCUCCUUUUAAAAGGGGACUCAGGGGAGCCUCCUAGGCUUCCCUGUCCUCCUACCUGUGACCAAAGCCCAGGCGUCAGCCAGCAACUCUAACGCAUGGCUGGGUUUUCACGGCUCCCGGGGCCACAGCAGAACUUCAGAUCUGGGCCCAAACAGCCCAGGCCUGUCCCUCAGCCCAUCCUGCCCAAGUCUACACUGGAAGCCAGUUUACUGGCACCCUCCCCUCUCUCUCCUUGGUGGGAGAGGCUGAAGGCCGCCCCCCCCCACCCGCGACACUGGCUCAUCUCUGAGGUGUUGCUGGACACGGGGCCUCGCGGGGGCCCUGGCAGCUCCUCCAGGUCACCCCUCCCUGCACCUUCCCCACACUGGCUGCCUGCUCAGACCUCAUCUCCCCUCCAGGCUUUACCAGGAGUUCUUCGGGACCUCGCAGGCACGGGAAGCCCAUUUCUCUUUGCCAGGAGAAUCUGGGCGCUGUCCUUGUUACACAUUCCUGGGCCCAAGACCUCUGCUCCCCUUGUUCCUUGGUCUCAGUGAAGAGGCCGAUGCUCUGCCCACCUCCUGCCUUCUGUCAGUGGGCAUCAUGUACUCACGGGGGUCCUUGUAUGAGAGGUUAUUCUCUGCUCCUCACCAGAGAUGCAAUAAAGAUGUGGUGGCGAUUCUUUCACGGUGGCAGCAUGGCGCGAAGCUGGGCAUGGGGCAUGGGGUGGAGGCACCGCAGACUGCCCUGCUGACUUCAUGUUGGAGCCAAAGGGCAAGGUUCAGUUCUGCUGGGUGUGGACUAGAUCCUUCUCUGUGUGUCUCUCCUUAUGUCCCAGAUAGAUGCGUUUCUCCCAAUUUUGGAGGGUGAACAGCAUGGAGAGAAGGGGUGGGCCCUGAGGUUUUGCUCCAGGACCACAGAGGAGUGGCAGCCUGGGGGUGCGGUCAGCAGCUCAGGAAAGACCGGGUGGAGGCCUCAAAGCCAGUUGUAUGGUUCACUUGAGAUUUAAUUCUAGGAGGGGACAAAUCCACAUCCCUUGUUUGACAGAAUCAGUUCACAAUAUCUCUUGCAAAGACAGGGCACUUUGUAAUUAUUAUUUACUUAAUCCUAGAAAUAACUCUGUGGGCGGGCCAGUAGGAUAUCUCUGUUUGUUGAAGGAAAAAUAAAUCCCCAGAUACAGAAGCUGAUUGACAUUUAAAUAUUGGUAUCUGAAUCAGGCAGUUACCUUCCAAGAGCCUGAUGCUCUGCUUUUUAGCAAAAGGAAACCCAUGAGGGAAGGGUGGGGCCUGAAUUGGGGACAUUGACAUUCUACAAAGUUGGGUUGAUUAUUUCCCCACAUGGCUUUGCAUGGACACUAACCUAGUUUUGUAUUAAAAAGAGGAAAUGACAAAUAAUAAUUUGGAUCGUUGUAAGCUCUCCUUGUCUUUUCCAAAAGGCCUACCCCAGAGAAGUUUGUUGUGAGGAGAAAACAUUAUAAUUUCAGGUACAUCAUCGACCACAGUACAGGUACUCAAGAAAUAUAUAUAUGCCUUCCUUCCUCUUUCCUUCUUUGGUUUCCAGCCUAUCAACCUAGCAAAGGGGGAUGAUCAAAAGAUGAAGCCACCAUGUACACUGGGUCUGCCUUCUUACUAGGGAAAAGAGUCGUCUGCCUUUGUGUCCCUAUGAUUGUUAUCCUCCAGUCAAUCUCUUCUUCUGCAGUCAACCUCUUCAAGCUCCUUAAAAACAGGAGAGGGGGCCUCUCUGGUGGCACAAGGGGUUAAGCGUCAGUACUAUGAAGCUAUCUGCAGCCUCUGCAGCACGAGUUUGAUCCCUGACCAGGGAGCUACCCACAUGGCACAGCAGAACCUCUCCUGUCUCGCCCACUGCUCUCCUCAGCAGUGUAUUUCAGUCAAUCUGCCUGUUCUGCUCCCCAUUCUGUCUCUGGUGAAUCCUCUCACCCCCCCACACCUCAGGCCUGUACCCCAGUUCUUGUAUGCAUAAAUGAAUCUUAAAAAAAAAAAGCAGGAGAGGGCAGGAAAACGGCACUUGUCUCUACAAAUUGGUGUCCUCUCUGUGAGAGUGUGACUGUCACCUCACCUCACCUCACCUCACCUCACCUCACCUCACCUCACCUCACCUCACCUCACCUCACCUCACCUCACCUCACCAUGUCACUGUAGGCUGUCACCUCACUGAAUUCUUUUUUCCUCCAGGUGGGAGAAGACUGCGCCCUUCUAACAGCACUUGUCAUCCCCCCACGCUGCUAACCUGUCUUCAGGUCUGAUGUCUUCUGCAUAUAAUUAAACUCUUUUGUUAAAAUAGGGACACCUCAGGGACUGAGGAUGACUAUGGUAUCAGAGAAGAGGGCUUCAAAUUCCUUCCUGUAACUCCAUCUCUACCUGGCUGGAAAUACAAUGUACAGAUUUAGUCCAACCUGAUCCUUCAGUGAUGGCAGCUAAUUGAUGGCUGAGAACCAAAAAUGGCAUCUCACUUGAAAUAAAUGGGUGGUCAUGAGAUGAGGCUAACCAGUCUUUCUUCUUUCCUUGUCAGAGGAGAAAGGGCCAGCGGCUCAUUUCUGCGCUCAGGUUAGGUGAGAGGCUGUCCACAGCAGCCAUACCCUAUGCUGCCACUUGAUGGCGGUAGAACCUCAGACAUCACCCUCUGGCCGCCAUGUCUCAAAAGCAAACAUGUACAGCUGCUUUCCUGCAGGGGGUGUGAGGCAGAACUGCAGCUUCUCCGUGGGCUUGAGGCAGUAAGUCAUAUUUUAAAAGCUUGUAUGUAUGAAUUGCUUGUGUGUGCCCUCCCAUUAUCUCUGAAGAAUUUGCUCCCUGUCUCCUGAGCCAGAGUUUUAUUGCCUGUGUCUUAUUUUUGUGAAAUUCUCCAAAGUAUUCCCAGCUCAUCUGCAUGCCAUCUGGCAUCUGUACAGAGUGGCCUCCUAUGCUGUUGUUGUUAAUGUCGGCUCGUGUUUGUAGGGUGAGGACAUUGGCUUUUGUCAGGGAAGUGUGCCAGAACAAAGUACAGCCCUGUCCUGGAAAUGUGCUGGUAAAACCCAUGUUCCCCACUAAGCGUCUCUGGGUUUCCUUCCUGCGUUUCUAGACUUGUCGUUACAGCUGAGAACUGAACUGCGCCCAGCUGAUCUUUCUGUGCCCACUUCCUUCUGUUGCUGCCAGAUUUGCAGUUUUCCACUGCCUCGGCCCCAGUCUGAAAUUUGGGAGCAUUUCAGAAAGGAGAUGGCAGCUUCAGCGUUCAUAGCUGUGGAGAAAUCGGCCUCCUGCUUGGGGUCAUUCUCUGGAAUCUCUUCCACCCAGGGCAGACAGUGCUUUGCUGGGCUUGGUGCUGUCACAGUUGUUGGCUGGCAGCAUUUGGGUGCCUGACUCCGGCAAGCACCCCCCACAUUGCCAGGUCCCUUAGGGUGGAGGCUUCUAGCUCACAGGGCUUCUUUAACUGGUGUCUCACUGCCUUCCUCUGAGAGGAAGGCAUUAGUUACUAACAUCGGGACUAGAUUUCUGUUACUGGGCUUUUUCUAAAUCCAAUACUUAAUUUCAGACACUUUUUUUCCCUCUAAAGAGGGAAAAAAAAAUUGGUGUCCUGAUCGGGAGAAAAUUUUUGCACACAAUAGCACCGACUGAUCACAAAGAUCUACAAAGAGCUCACAAGGCUCAACAAAAACAAAGUAAAUGGGCCUCCCCAGUGGCGCAGCGGUUGAGCGCUGGGUUGCGAAGCUGCCCGCAGCCUCUGAGGCGCCGGUUCCAUCCCC